GGGUUUGUGAUCUUAAAGAUUUGCAAUAAGACAAAUAUUCAAAAUCAAUCUCUUCUAAACAAAACGUUACGUAAAAUUAUGGGAGUUUGAAACAAGCGCAAACCAAAUUUUCUCUUUCACGGCAACUAACCCUAACCUCGUCGAUCUUCAAUCCGGUGGCUUCUACCGCCGCAACUGGCUCCAUCGGCACCCUAGCUACGGCGCGAGAGCUUCCUCUGAACCUCAGAUCGUUGCACACCUUCAUGCAAUGGCCGUUCCUUCUGUUACAAUCUCCGACGAGACCUCCGCUCCACCUCCAUGAUCUCCGACAACAUGUCUGCUUCUCCUCCUGUGAUCUCCAACAAUCAACCUCCAGACUACUCACCAGCCUUAGCUACCACAGGCUGCAGAAGUUGUUCAAGUAACUGGUUUUAUCCCUACCUUGGAAGCAUGGUCAAAACCUCUCCAUUUCACGCCAGCUCCACCCCCACCCCCUCCCCCCGGAACCCUGCAACUCCAAGGUUUGGUGUUUUAGAGGUUGUAAGAAGUCGGUUAACUUCAUUUUGGCUUUUAAUCCGUGAAGCUACUCUCAAUGGUCAGAAGCAAAAGAAAGGGGAUAUAAGAUAUCCUGAGAAAAUUGUGUCUCAGCUUCCAGUUGAGAAUAUUCCACCUCCGGCUCUCAAAGGAGAUGAUACUUUUCGGUUUUCAUGGGUGGCUCGUAUGAAUCAAGCAUCGAGAAAUCUUUUUCGGGCUGCUGACCCGACUUGCCGUUUGGAUGGUACUUCUCAGAUGACAAUUUCAUCUAAGGUCCUUAGGCUAGGCCCAUAA